AUGGACAAACAUCAUAAUCAUGAAUGUAAUGGGCACGAAUGUAAUCAUGUUCAAGUUGACUCAGUUACACAAUCAUUGGAUGAAUUAAAUUUUGAAAGAGGAAUAUGGGGUUCAAUUAUAAAUUCAGAUUUUAAAAAGGUUGAACAAUUGUUAUAUAAAAAUUCAUCACUUUCAAAUACUAUGGAUUCAUCAGGUUAUUAUCCAUUGCACUAUGCAGUUAGAAAUGAUAAAAAUAAUGACAUAGUUCAAUUGUUAUUAGAUAAUGGUGCAAACAUUAAUUGUCAAACUAGUGGUGGUGCAACACCUCUUCAUAGAUCAUGUUUUUGUAAUUCUAUAAAUAAUACAAAAUUAUUAUUAAAAAAAGGUAUAACCAAAGUUGAUUUAAUAGAUUCAGAUGGUAUGACACCACUUCAUAAAGCUUACCAACAAGGUAAUAUGGAAAUAGUUAAUUUAUUAUUACAAUUUGGUGCUGAUCCUAAUAUUUUAGAUAAAAAUAAAAUGAAACCUAUUCAAUUGUUAAAGUAA